AUGGGACCUUCUCAUGGGCGGCCCCUCGUCUUCCUGGUCCACCAUGAAGUCGGCCCUUGCAGCUGGAUCUUGUCCUCCUCCCGAGACGAACACGGCAAUGAAGCCACCCUGCAGCCAGGCUGGAACCAGCAAGGCAACGCCACCGCCGCCGCCCGCCCGGCGCGCUCCGGCGGCACGGCAGCGCCCGGCGGGGCGGCGGGAGGAGGGGAGCCGGGCUCGCCCCUCUCCGCGCGCCCCCCGCCUUCGCUCCCGCCGCCGCCGCCGCCUCUUUCGCCUGCGCCUUCGCCUGCGCCUUCCCCCGCGCCGCAGCGCGGAGGAGCGGAGGAGGAGGAGGGCGAGGAAGGCAACGAGCUGAGCGCCUGGACGGCGGCGCAGGCAGCCAACGCUUCGUGGGUCCGGCCGACCCUGCUCCCGCCCCCGCCCCCGGACGCCGCCGGGCCCACGGGGCCGGAGAGCGGGCGCAGCCCCGCGGGCUCCGACAGCCCUGCCCCCAGCACCGCCUGGCCAACGCCGCCGGCGCCCUCGCCGCUGCCUGCCUCCCGGUCACCCCCGGCCACCAGCCCUCUGCCCACGGCCGUGCCCCCCUCGCCUGCGGAGGAGGAGGGAGAGGAGGAGGAAGACUCGAUCGGACACAGCGGCACAGGCGUCUUCUGCAACUGCAGUUCCACCGGGAGCACGGGCCGCAGCGACUGCAACAUCACGACAGGCCAGUGCGAGUGCCGCCCGGGCUUCGCGGGCCUGCGGUGCGAGCGGUGCGAGGAAGGCUUCUCCUUGGAGCCCCGCAGCGGGCGCUGCCUCGCUUGCGGCUGCCACGCCGAGAACGCCGUCUCCCCGUCCUGCGACGCCUCCGGAAGGUGCGAGUGCAAAGCUGGAGCGACGGGGUUGAAAUGCGGAGAGUGCCGGGAAGGGUACUCCAAGUUCAACGGAACCAGCUGCGAACUGUGCCAGUGCGGCAACCAUUCUGCGAGAUGCAACCGCUUGACGGGCGUGUGCCAGGACUGCCGGGGGAACACCGAGGGCCCCCGCUGUGAGAAGUGCAAGGAGCAGUUCUACUGGAACAGCUCUCUCGAGUGUCUGCUGUGCCCUUGCUCCACCGUGACAUCUACCGGGACGUGCCACAUCGAGCCCGGCCAGCGCACGCCGACCUGCGACAAGUGCCGGCCCGGUUACACCGGAGCCCUGUGCAGCCAGUGCGCCAGCGGCUACUACCACCUGGACAGCAUCUGCGUGCCGUGCCAGUGCGGCGGGAACGUCGACCCGGCGCGGUCCCCACAGGUCUGCGAGCCGGACACGGGGGAGUGCCUCGGGUGCCUCUACCACACGGCCGGGCGUCACUGCGAGGCGUGCCAGGAGGGGUACGGCAGGCCUUUGGAAGGAGGCAAUUGCACCAGGAAAGACCUCAGUCCCAGCCCAGCAAGCCGAGGGCUCAUCCCUCCAACGCCGAACAUCAGCACGCCCGCUCCUACGGCGGCCGCCAACGGCACGUCAGCGCAGACGACGGCGCAGACGCUUCUCCCGGCGGGGCCGUCGGACAACAGCACUUCCGCUUUAGCCGAUGUCUCAUGGACUCAGUUCAACAUCAUCAUCCUCACGGUCAUCAUCAUCCUGGUGGUCCUGCUGAUGGGCUUUGUGGGCGCCGUCUACACGUACCGUGAGUAUCAGAGCAGGAAACUGAAUGCUCCCUUUUGGACCAUCGAGCUCAAGGAAGACAACAUCAGUUUCAGUAGUUACCACAACAGCAUCCCCAACGCCGACAUCUCGGGCCUGCUGGAGGACGAUGGGACCGAGGUGGCGCCCAACGGCCAGCUGAGCUUGGCGACACCCAUGCAUAACUACAAAGCAUAAUGACCGGCGAGAAGGAUGGACCGCAAGGUCUAGGAAGUCCCGCAAACGAUUUAGGCUGCAUGCUGAGAAGGUCCCCAUCCAUGGCACCCGUGUCCCACGCGAAGGAAAGGCCUUCUGGUACGUUGAGUGUGGCCAGCGACAAAAAAUUGGACAUUGGGUGUUGUGAUAGAGCAGCUUUCGCUAAGGUGCAGACUGAAUUCGAUUCAGUGUUCCCCAUCAUCCCCUCUGGAUAGGAAUUUGUAUUUAAAAAGAGAAGAAAAUGGAGCAGCUUGGAAAUAUAUUUUUGUACGAAAUGAUGGAGGCAUACUAGGAAGUCAUCUCAUCUCUUAACUAAAAGUCACGUCGACACCAGAACCUACUUUUUAAGCUUCUGGUUUGAAAAGUAUUCAGUGAACGUACAGGGAGUGGAUCUUUAUUUUGGAGAGAGGAAACGAAACCUGAGCGUUGUUUCAUGCCCUGAAAGAGUUUUGCUAUUUAAAAAAGACAAUAAUUUAAAGAAAAUGUUAAUGGAAUGUCUAAAGAUGUGGCGAUACAAACUGAUAGCAAUCCAAGUUUUCUUUUCUCCUCUGACUCUGAGAUUACAGGGAAAAAAAUCUCAUUCCAUUUUGGGAGGAAGGGAGAAACGGGGACAGGCGCCACUCCGUCUUCUUUUUUUCAAAACCUUCCUCUCCUGGGUGAUCAUGCUAUUGAAAAUAUAGGAAGCAGUACUAUUUUCUUAGCUUUACUUGAAUUCUCCCAAGGUACACUAGAGAGAUGAAAGGGGCACCUUUCAUAAGUCUCCUGCCUGAAGUGGAAAAGGUGUGGAUGCAGAACAUAACAAAAGAUUUCUUGGCAUUGUAUUUGUAACUAUUUGUACAAAAAUAUGUCUUAUUUUAUCCUUUAAAUUUUAUCUGUACAGCAGUUCAUGGCACUGUAAAAACAAAAACCAAAUCAACACUGAAAAAAAGCAAGUAUUGUAUUAAAGUGCUGUAAAUUUAGAUGGUGAUAUCGCUGGAGCUGGGUCUCCGACAGAGGUUUAUUGCUAACUUUUUCCUCUUCUGAUAAAACAAAUGACUGGUGACUCAAACUGAACAUUUAUCUUCCUUAUUUUAUGGGCAUCUCGCCCAACCCGAUGCCCUUCAGGUGUUUGCAACUACACCACCCAUCUCCCCAUGCUGACUGGGACUGAUGGGAGUUGUUGUCCAAACAUCUGGGGGGCUCUAGGUUGGGGAACCAUUUCUGGCAGCCUUUUCUUCCACUUUCUUGAAUGAAAUCAGUCUUUGAAGACGUUGCAAUGUCUGGCAACUGGUUGUAAAUUUAGAAUGACGUUUGGUUAACACUCGUGUAAAAUAUAGGACUGCAUCUGUGAAUUUUGAAAAGCAAGGCUAGGAAGUAUAUUAGGGUCAGAAUAUAAUAUCCUCUCGUCGUCAUUGUCAGUGGCUUUCUCAAGCUGAAUUUCUUAAGCGCUUGGCUUGCUUCUGGUGCCCCAUCUGCCAGACUUGGCAAACCCAUGUUGGAAAUUUGAGUUUUUUUCACAAGUAAGGGAGAAUAACUCCAGCAUGGAGAGUACUAGGUAUUGUCACUUGGUUUGCACCUACUAGACACCAUGUACAGGACCGAAUUACCAAAUGGUUGUUUUCCUGAGUUUUUCCUCGCGCCGUUUCUGUUUCUCUAGAGAGUUCACAUAAUCCCGUUUUUGUUUCGCAAGGAUGAAUCAGCAGUGCAGACUUUGCUGGGGAAAAGCCGCAGGGAGUUGAUUGUCCACAUUUUGAAAGGAGUCGCUUUUGAGAUGCACCAUGAUGUUUGGACAAAUGGACCAUACCCCCUCACCUCUUUCGUUCAAUGCACCUUUUCCAGUUGUUUUCUCAGUCGGUGCCAUUGUAGAAGCAUGUUUAAUUGUUUAAAAAGAUCUGUCCUUUUUCCUAAUUUGCACUGUCGUUAACUAGAAUGAACCGUUAAAGCACAAUGUAAAGACUUGGCUUUCAGACCCCUUGGACGCGCUUCUCUGGUGCUUCUCUGGACGGAAGCAUUGUCCCUUGCGUGGCUCCAUCUCACAGACGGGUGUGGAUGGAACGCCGCAAGUCUUAAGGACCCAAAAGGCGAUAAAGGAAUGGAAACUCCAAGUUGCAUGGAGAAGCAGCUCCUGUGGAGAGCUAACAGUCUUCUGUUCAGAAGCACCCAAGAGCUGCCGCUAGUCCGGAAACCAUCUGCAGAGUUGGAGAUGUUAGAUUCCAAGAAUGAGCUUUCUGUGUCACAUCAUACCUAUAUUGGAGGCAUACCAGUGCUUGUGUUUUGGAGACUUGCCUGACGGACUCAGUGGAGAACACCCUUCCCCCAGCUUGGAUCUCUAGAUGUGUUGGCCUCAUUGAUGAACGCCAUUUGGACAACUUGGUUACGGUGGAUGGAACACAGUGGGAGAGGACCAGCUUCUGGAAGGCUGAUGGAGACGGUUCGAUCGUCGCUUGCGCAUGGGCAUGCUGACCCCAUCUGAGCUUGCACACCUGUGGGGUGGUCAGGCUUGUCACCUGCCUUGGGUGGUGGCUCACCCUGCUUCUCGGCUCUACUAAAUGGACGUCGGUGUUUCCGCCUCACGUUCGGCACCAGCUCAAGGAAGGCUGGUCUGGAUCGAGGCAUUAAGAGGCGCAUACUCUGUGGACAGGAUUCGAUCAAGGCCCUUCUGUCCCCAAACAACCCUGAAAUGCAUUCUGCCCAUAGGACCACACGCUGUAGAGUCCCGUGCUUCUGGAUGCAGGCAGGGGUGGGUGGGCGACUGGCUAUAUUCAUGGUUUCAUUUCUUUUAGUUCUGUCUUGGAAACGCAGUGAUCCUAGUUCCAGAUGCGGCUCCACAUCACUGUCCCUCACUGGGUUCUCACACUGUGUGGAAGGUGCAUGUACCCAUCUGGUCCGUAGCAGGGAGCUGUGUUCUUCCUGGUCAGAAUUUCAAGGAUGGAAGUUCCUUCUACCAAAAUGGAGCCUGCAGGGGUAUAUUGGGUCGUCUCUUGAAAUUUGGCGGUGCUCAAGACCAGGAAGCUUGCGUUGCUCUGCUGCCGUCAGAGAAGGAACGUGCAGGUGUGGUUGUCAAAAACAAAAUUCUGGCUAAGUCUGCCCGGCCCCAUUUCUCAGCAGCUUGGCCAUCCUCACAGGCAUGGGGGAGCCACAGUCCCUCCCCCUGAAACCUCUUAAACACUAGCCUGCCCCCAGCCUAGUGCUGUUCCAAUGUUUUGGACUGCAACUCCCAUCAGCCCCACCAGUGCGGACAAUGGUUUACAGUGUAGUCCAGUGUAGUCCACUGGGAAGGCUGCCAGUUGAGAAGGCCAUUCAACUCUCUCGUUCUUCCUCCCCAUUUGUGAGUGUUUCGUAGCUCCAGCUUUUUGGUUCCAAAGCAAAUUCCUGAACUUGGUUCUAGGCACCCGGAAUAGUUUCAUUUUGCCCUGAAGUAUUAUCAGUUGGCAGUAAUUAUAUGACAGAUGGGCAAAUGCCCAGACUGACUUCCUUUGACCAGAGCAGUUAGGUUGGGAUGUGGAAAUGCAGAACUAAUCAAUUUAAGAACACCCGUUAGGAUGUGUCCAAAAGGAUAUGUCCAAGUGCAGAGCUUCGUGUAAGAAUAGUCACACUUUUAUCCAGUGAUAAAAGUGUGCCAGAUUAAUCUGAACCCCAGUUUCUAGCAUGUUCUCUCCCCCAUUUUUUCUUCUUGGAGUCAGAUAAUAUUUCUCACACCAUACUAGUUUGCCAUUUUUAAGGCGGCCUUGUCAUUUCUCAAAGUGGAAAGUUGACUUAAUCCAGAAAGUGAAGGACUUGGCCAACUGGAUGGAGUCAGGCACUGGCAGGAAAAUGACACUGGUAGGAAAACGGUUGUAAAUAAAGUGUUUUCAAGCAAAGUGUCCCGGCAGAGCAAUCCAAAGCGCAAAAGAGCAGAGCAGAGCAGACCAGGCUUGUAACAACAGGAAGCCCAACAGACUUGUCUUUUUAAACACAAGAAACUGAGACGGAAAGGAAGGUUGUUCUCGGGGUUGCUAGGCAUUAUUCCCUACCCAUUGUGACCCAUGUUCGCAUUCAUGCAUUUUGAGCUGCUAAAUCUUAGUGCCCUAAACGACUGGCAGAUUCCAGAAUGGCUUUUAAACCUCCAGGAACAAAUUAAAUCUUCAGCUGCAGCUGGACACUCCUUGCUGGUGCUUCCCACGCUCCUGGGAUGAUGUGACGGCUAAAGCCAAGAUGGCUCUCCGCCAGCGUGUGGUGUUAUUGCAAACAUAAAGGAGCUUGACCGUCAUGGCUUCCCUGCAAAGGAUUCUGGGAAAAGGUAAUAAGCUACAGCUACCUCCAGGCUUGGCUUGUGCGCUCUUUUUGGUGAAAUGGUGCAGUACUCAUUAGCGUGCGCGUUGGGAAUCGUGUUUUUCUUCCUUCUGCUUGGAAAUAUUGUCUCCUGGGUUCUGCGAGGAGAGUUUCCUGCGAGAGAAUUCAGGGGCUGCAUUUUGGGCUAGGAUGGCUGGCUGAGGUACCGGGUUCUGGAGGUCAGCCCUGCCAGGGUGCCUGGUCUUACCUUUAAAACAGGGGUGUCCAACCUUUUGGCUUCUGUGGGCCACAUUGGAAGAAGACAAAUUGUCUUGGGCCACACGUGAAAAUACACAAACACUUAAUGAAAACUGUUGAGCGGAAAAAAGGUCAGUGCAUAAUUUUCAUGCUAUCCAUCACCACAGCUAAGCAAAACAGCCCUCACAUCAUAAUCCCAAGAGAGCAUACAUACGUUUCUUUUGUGACAUUGUGACACAGUGUUGUCGUCUACAAAGUUCAUGCUUGAGAACCACACAAUUGAGUUACCAAAAAAAUCUCAUAAGUUUAUGAUUUCGCAUUGGGCCACAUGCAUACCAUGCUGGGCCGCAUGUGGUCCACAGGCCGCAGGUUGGGCACCUCUGCUUUAAACCUGGCUGGCUUAUGCAUCCAGCGCAGGUGUGAUAGGGGCCAUGGCGAGUUGUUCUGGAUCGCAUCUCCUGUAGCCCCUUCUGGCAGCAGACGGAGGGAAAGGCACAGCUUUUCCAUUUCAAAUGUCCAAAGAGAGAAUAGGAGAGCUCUCUUCUUUCCACAGCAAUGUCCUUUGCCACUGUGGCACCUGUCCCUCUCCCUAGUCCCUCUUUGUACCAGUAACCGGAGAAAGUCCUGCUUUGUCUGGGCUGGGCCCCCAUAUGUGUGGGGAGCUAUCCCAGUGUGGUGUUUAUCUUCGCUGGUUUUCCUGUCCCCUGAAUGGGCUCAGCCUGGCCACUGGCCCCUUGUCACGGCAAGAGGUUCCCCAGCUGCUUUUGCAGGGUGGUCCCACGUGGCUUGCUUUGCAAAAGUUCGUUAGCCACUUCUCAGGGUUUUGGGGGAUUGAGGGUAGGGGGAGGAAGCCCCCAGGGGGCUUAGCCUGUACUUCUGGGCCCAAUCCACACUACUCAAGAGGAGGCGGGACAGCUCAGUGGUUUGCCAAAACGCAAUCCUGCAAUGGCUGCCGUGCUCAACAGUUUUAUCCUGAAAUAUUGGAAUUUAACUUUGGAAUAUCUGAAUAUUUUAACUGGAACAUUAAAUAUUUGAAUUUGGUCAGGCUGUGAACCCUUUCAGAUUCCCCCCCCCCCACCACUUCCAAUGGACCAAGAAAAGUAUUCUCUUCUGACUUUUAGCAGAACAUUCCUAAAGGACCUGACAGACAUGUUUAAUCUUUCUGGUUCUUUUAAGGAGUGUUCAAGUACAUUUUACAGGCACCUUCCUCAACUGGACACUCUCCAGAGAGGACUGAAUUACAGUCCCCAUCAUUCCCACCAAGGGGUUUAGGCCCGCAGGACAAAAGACUGCAUCAUAAUUGACCUGUGCUCUAAAGUCUCUCUCUCUGUGUGUGUCUUGAAACAUUUCUCUGACUUCGGAGCUGGGAAGCGGAGUGACCCAGUUGCUCGUCAUACACAGCCCGGGGGGGUACAGGGUUCUUCUGCUGAACCCUUUUGCGAUGGCCUCCCCAGGGAUGCUACGAGGCAGAGGCGCAAGGCAGCAAUAGGGUCGCUCUGUGUGCGUGGAGAAGGUGGGUGCGGGCGAUGGAUUAAUGGGGUCUGGCGAUGGCCGUCCAUCCCAUUUCAUGGCAGGUGUCUUUUCAGCCUUGCCGUGGAGCGAUCCACCUAAUGGCCAGUUUUCCCUCCCCAGAAGUCAUUUUCGAAGGGCGACGGUUUGUUUUAAUGAUCGUGAGAAAUGGGCCAGCAUAUGGUGAAAAGGGCUAUUGCACAGGCAAACGGGGAGAUCGCUCAAGCCCGCCCAUAAGCACAGAAGGGCAGCGAUUUGAAAGGAGAUAGAUGUUGAAUCGCUAGGAAGAGCCACAUGAAAUGUAACUGUGCAGAGACAACUUGGGUUCAAUUGGGCAGAGCUGUAAAGUGUCUUUCUGGAGCAGGGAUGGUCGUUUUACUCUCCUGGUAGCGUGGCUUGCCACUUCCUUUUUAUCCCGUAUCGCUAGCCUAACUUUUACACCUAGGAUAUACGAUGCAACCCCCCUGAAUCAGACAGACAGACAGACAGACAGACAGACAGACAGACAGACAGACAGACGGAUUGAGGCCUGAAGUCAGUACCUGUUUAAUGCAGCAUUCUAAACUUCCGACAAACCUAAAAUUGUGUCUCCGAUUCUUAUAAGCUAGAUUAGGGCUUACGACUUGGAAGAAAAAAAGAAAAGUUGUAAUUCUGCCCGGUACAACCUGGCAGCUCCUUUACACCCCUUGUCCUAAGCAUACGUAGAAUGAAUAAAAUGCAUCUGUUUGGAAAAUUGUGGGGUGAGGUGUGUGAAUGAGCAGACUAUAUGUUGGGAUUUAUACUGAAGAAUGUUAUUUAAAAUGAAUUAAAAUAAAAUGUAUAUAAUUUGUAUCUA